AUGGCCCUCAAGAACAUCCUAGUUCUCUCCGCAUUUGUUCAACUGGCCGUUAGCGCUGCUGCGCCCGGCUUACGCCACCCGACCAGAUUUUCAUCCAGAGCACUAGCACAAAGAUCCAACACUGGUCCGGCCCCAGCAGAUGCAAUGAGCGCUGCUCAGGUCAAGCCGAAUGACGCAUCAUCUGAUGAAUCCAAGUCCACUUCCCACUCGUCGGCCGACGCCCCGAAAACCGCCGAGGGCUCAUCUGCCCCUAAAGCUGUCGAGGGAUCCUCUGCCCCGAAGUCUACCGAGAGCUCCUCUGCUCCCAAAGCCGCCGACGGGACAUCAACCCCAAAGGCUGCUGAAGGGCCACUCACGCCGAAAUCUGCCGAUGCGCCUGUGCUGAAAGCCGCUGAUGCAUCCUCACCGAAGUCCGCUGAUCAUACACCCGCCCCCAAAGCCGCCGAUUCACCCGCCCCCAAAACUGCCGACGAGUCGAUUGCCAAAGCUGCCGAUGUACCCGCACCGAAGUCCGCUGAUCACGCACCGGCCGCGAAAGCCGUGGAUGCACCGGCCCCGAAAACUGCGGAUUCCCCCGCCCUGAAGGCUGCGGAUUCCCCCUCUCCGAAGCCCGCUGAUGCGCCGGCCCCGAAAACUGAUUCACCCGCCCCAAAGGCGGCUGAUGCGCCCACCGCCAAAGCGGCUCCGAUUGUGACGACCAAUAGAAUUGCCAACGAAGUCGUCCACACCAACACAACAUCGAAUGAAUCGACUGUCAGCAAGGGUAAUUCGGCCCAGAAAGUCUCAGGAACCUCCCCGGUGGCACCAAAAUCUGGCGAUACUCCUGCAGGCACUACCACAGUAGUCACUAGCAAAGUGAGCAACGAGGUGCUCACAACGAAUACCGCCCCGGAUGAAUUGGGUGCACACGGAAGCUCUGCCUCCAAAGCAGCGGGUGCUCAAACUGAAACGCCAAAGGCUAUCAAACCAAACGCAGCACCCGAAGACUCAAAAGCUGCUUCUGCAGUUGUACAAUCUCAUCCACCCAGCGCCGAAAAAGUGUCUGAUACGGCCUCUAAGGGAGUCGAUGUUACCGUCAAGACUCCCAAAGGAUCCGACACGCCCAACCUCAAGGCAAUUGAUAUUAAUGUGGACAAGGCCAGUCCAACAUCCGCCACGUCUCACGAAAACUCGGCGGCACCUAUGGCUUCAAGUGAUGCCGCGCACGGCACGAAGGACUUGGGUUCAACAACCGCCAAGACUGUCGAUGUGAGCCUCAGCAAGCCAAGCGCAGCUUCACACUCCGAUGGAGCACAAAGUCACUCCGACGCCUCUCCAAAAUCCACCGACGCUUCAGCCUCGUCCAACCCGGGGGCCGAGGGAGUGUCCCCUAAGAAACUUCAAGUGAACAUUGGCAAACCAGCGUCGGCGUCCAGUGAUCCGGAGAGCUCUUCUCACACAUCCUCGGCUAGUGCAUCGGUAGACAGCAAGAAAGACGGUCACUCCGACUCCGUGGGACCCGCUAGCACUCCACAGACGACCGAAACCCAUGCGAUCAAACCCAUGCACGAUGCGUUCCAUGACAGCGACGAUUCGGCUGACGCUGACCCCAAGAAGCAGGAUGCCUCGAAGGGAAAGGAUUCCGAAACUAGCCCACUCCCUAACCAGCCCCAUAAAGAGUCUCCCUCUGCCCAUGCUAAGGAAAACAGCGGCUCGUCUUUAUACCAACAGGGCCAGAGCAGUCUCUUUGCAGCCUCGGCUUUGGCCACCAUUCUUGCUUUCAUAGCCUAA